AUGGAGCUCCAGGAAAUCCAGCAAAGCCUAGCCCAAAAAGGCAACGCGGCCGAGGCGCUCAAUUCAUUGGGUUCCUUGUUACGUGAAGAAAGUUGGAGAAACAACGAUGAGGUCAAACCGUUGAUUACUGAGGCAUUGGGUCUUUUGGGUACUGACGAGAUCAUCGACUUGGAGGUGCUUCGAGUACUCGUGAAUUUCACUGCUGAUAACGAUGAAAAUAGGAGGAUAUUGGCUGGAGAGGAAGGGUUCUGGGACUGGGUAGCUGGAGCUUUGGAGAAACCAGGUUCGGUUUCCGAAAGAACGCUUAUUCUUAUGACUCAGUUUAUCCAUAACGUGAACGAGGCAGAUGCACCUGCGUUUACGGCGUUGUUGGGAGACUUUAGGGAAAGUUUGGUUGAAUUGGUUGGCCAGGAGGUUUCGGAACAAGCAGUGGAGAUCUUGUCAGAGCUUUCAGAGAAGGUUUUGUGGGAAACUUCCCAGGAAGAGGCUACACAGUUGGUAAACCAAAUGAAAGACGAGUUUGAAGAGUUUGAUGAGGAGCUACAGCUCUACUUUUCGUUGCUUUUCUUUAAACUCACGAAAAGCGAUACCCUUCAGUUUGAUCCACAUGCUACGCUUGGCUUAUUUGAUAAGGUAGCUCAAGGAGACGAUACUUCACGUAUCAAACGGUACCUCUUUGCAGGCCACGGCAACAUCUUCUCCCAGCCUUCAUAUGAUAACUGGGCCAAUGUUGAAAAGAGUAUUGAUUUUAGUGUUGGUGAAGCUGACCCCUAUGCUGCCUCAGCAGUAGCCAUAGACAUUGGUAACUGUGUCAAGAGCGAAAACGACCAAAACCGUUUAAUUGCCCUCAUUGACGAAAAAGUGGGCCUACAAACCUUCAUCACGGCCCUUCUUGGACGUCCCUUCAGUGACGUUGUCCAGUACCAGUGUAUCCAUUGUUUUACCAACAUUUUGCAGCCACACACGGCAGCUCUCAUCCUACAAAACUGGCAUCAUCUCGGUCGCAUGGUCAAGGCGGUGCUCGACAAUGCCCAGUUCUACCCUGAAAUCGCUGCACUCAUGUCCAAAUUCUCCAAGAAACUCGCCAAAAGUGUGGAGACAGGUCCUGAGCAUAAAGAGCUUUGGCGGCUCUUUGCGGAAGGCGCUGCCGAGGAAGUGCUACUUUCCCUUCUCCAGAACGAAAAAGCGCUUUCUUUGGUCGACGAUGAAAUCCUCCAGCCUGCUUUUCUCAAAGCCCUCUUUCGUGUCCCACAACAAGUCGACGUUAUGGUGCUUUUAGACCAGCUUCGGGCUCAAGCGGUGUUCUUACAUGGCACGGCACCUGAGCAGUUUUCCAGCGCGUUAACGGAAUCAUACACAGAAUUUUUCACUUCCCUCAGUGCAGCACUGCUGGACCACAAAGAUGGUCCUGGCUGGAACGUCGUGGCCAACAACGCCAAAUUCGUCGCUGCCAGUGGAGCCAAAUACUUUGAAAGCUCUCAAGAGGCCGUUGCGAUAAGCCAGGAUUUCGUCAGAACUAUCAACUCUGCUUAA